AUGCGAUCGCCGUUAGCCCGGGCUAAGCAGCAGAUGAACACAAUUCCAAUAGUAGCCGACUUGAAACCAUGCGUCGACCUGUCGCCGGGCCAUCCAUUCGACUGGAGCAUCUACUUGGACGCGUUCGGCACCCAGCCAGCGAUAGGAGACGAUCUUUUUGUGCAUCAUAAGUUCGCCGAGCAAACCCUUUUCGAGCUCUUAUUCCGGCCAAACUUGAAGGUUUUUGUGCAAAGAGAGGGCGAGAGCAAUCGACUGGCGACAGUUCUGCGCGCUUGUGCAGAUGAAGUCGAAGUGUAUUUCGAUGGCGAUAGGGAAAAUUCCGAAUUUGUCAGGGCUGAGCAUCUACUGGAAGAGCCGCUGGCCAGCAUUUUGAUGAAAGACGGGCCAGACUCGAAGCUCGUCAAAUUCACGCGAAAUGACGUGGCUGACUUUUUGAAGCCGGUGAAGGAUUUUAUCCACGUGGGCGGAUUUUUUGAGGUGCAAGCCGAGUAUGACCCGUUGUUGGUAUUGCUCGUACAGGUGAUGAGCAACAAGUCCGGGCUACUCGUCUACGGCGACGGGUCGAAGGCGUACGCCUGCGUCCAUAUUUAUGAUGAGCGAUGUCACGCCGUGGGUUGGGCGGAAAAGGGCUUGCAAACGAACCUCCGCUACCAAAAGCUGGUCCCACAUUCACCGCUGGAAGUGCAAAAACGGGCGAUCCCAGAGCGAUUUUUUGAGCACCACCCGGUCCCGAGGCAUGCUUACAGAGAAGGCCAGAUAGUAGAGGUCGUCGUCCCAGACCGAACCCCUAAAUUCUGCCCGGGCUUCAUCUCAAAAAUUCUCAACGGCCACUACUUUUUGGUGAAUGUAUGCAUGGAGGACAUCAAAAAGGAUUUCGAGAUGCCAAUGCACGUCGGCCACCCUUUUCUGCUCUCAGCAAACUGGGCUCGAAACAACGGCUUGCCAUUGACUCUGCCAGAAGACUUCAAAGUCGACUUCAACUAUCCGGCAUUCCAGAAGGAGCUCGAGUUGGAUGAACCCAUUGACGAGGAAUCUCUUGUCCUGCCAAAACGUCGCCCUCCCGAACCUAUGCGCCGCAUGGAGGUCAUCAACUUUGGCAAGCUGAUCGCCGAGCCCGUCGUUAUUAUCAGAGCCGUCCGACACCUUGUUUGGGUGACGCUGGAAAAUGCAAGGCCGGGCGAGGGCACAGAAAUCUUUGGCGUCAGCUCUUACAACCUCUACCCCUGCAACUUUGCUCAAAACAACGGAAUUCGCAUUGUCGCCCCGCCAGUUUUCAAAGCGCUUCCGGAAUUGGAGGAGGGCCAGAUUCGCUUUCACAAAGAUCUAAUCUUCACAUCACGAAUACACAGCCCGUUUGCGCCAUCAAAUAUGCCGUAUCUACAAGAGCGCUAUAUCAAAGGCGACUACUACAUCUCCACCGUUUUUGUGAAUCCAAAAUGCUACGCCGGUCCUUACUUGGAUGAGAAACAAGUAUCGCUACUAAAUCCGUGCUACGGUCCUGGUCCUCUGCAUCGAGUUAUCAGGCUUUUAUUCAGGGACUUGUUCGACUGCUUCCACAACAUUGCCGAUUUCUACAAACUGUUCGAGUGGGCCGAGACGACCGAGCUGAAGACUUCUUACGCCAAGAAAGAAAGACAUCGCAACAAACACCUCAACGAAAGCCUCAGUCGCGUUUUGCAUUUCCCGCGCUGCGAGACGACUCGACACUUUUCUGGGUGGAUCAGGACGGUGCUCCGCGUGCUCCAAGCCUGCCCGCAUCUAAUCGCCCUCGAAAAGCUGGGCGACGGCUGCGAGCUCGGCUGCAAAUAUGUUGACAAGCAAAAGUUGAUGGCGCUCACCAAUCUCGCAACGCCCCGACCGGAACCGGGUCAACCCAGAGAGCCACUCACAAGGGCACAGGCUAUGGAGCGCAAGGAGGUGAAGCGGACCAGCUCGAAGAAGGCUUUGACGAAGAAAGAAUCGCCCCCAGAUGUCCCGACCAAAAAACCCCGAUCUCUCCGCAGCAGCGACCAAAUGAAAAAUGGCGUCAAAGAGGAGUUGCUGGAGGAAGAGCCACCAUUGACGACGUACGUCUACAAAUCUGAUGGCUCGUCCUCAUCGUCAAAUGACCGCGUUACGCCAGAUGAGGUGGUGACCACCGUCAAGCAAGCCGAAACGCAACCCUCCACCUCCAACGACAAACCUAAACCCACUACCGCGGUCCCAACUGGGCUUUCGUUCCCGCCCACAAACCCGGCCACGUGGAAUGAAGACGACUUAUCGGGCUACUUUAAAGCCCGCGAAAACAGCGGCUUCAUCGUCGAAUUUCUCACCAAGCAUAACAUGGGCGGAGCCGCUUUUAUGGCUCUUACAAUUGACAACAUCAGAGGAUUCGGAUACGUUCUCGGGCCCGCCCUCAAAAUUCAUGAUGCCGUUACGCAUCUCGUCACCGCGCAAAAAUACUUCGAACCUGCUAAU